AAAUUAAAUUAUGUUUUGAUCGUGGUUUUGAUAAAAAUAACUUAUUAUACAAGACUGAAUCUAUGUAAAUACCUUGUGUUGGUUGUGUGUAGAAGUUAUUAAUGGGUGCUAAUUGUGAUAAUUCUUCGAAACGGUCACACCUGACAUUUCUAAGACGGCAGAAAGAUGCAUGGAGUCAAACGAGUCAUAGUCUUCUGUCUCAUGACGACCAUCUUGCCCACCAUCCUCAUCAUAAUCCCCCUGUACUUGCGACACAGCGUCUUUGCCGACGUCACACAUCCCGUCGCAGAAUCCGACGUGGUUCCCAUCGAGGACGGGCUGUCAACGGUGUUCUGUGAAGCGUUGUCAUUGAAAAUGAACACGUCGUUUAACGCAUUCCAACUUAGGGGUAAGCCGCAGUUGAGCCAAAAGAGGAAACACAUAAGACUUAAAAAAUCGAUGACUUUGCCUGACGAUACUCUGGAAUAUUGGGGGUUCUAUUUGUUAAAAGGAGCGCUGGUGAAACUGAAGGUGUGUUCCCGGUAUGAAGGAUCGAGGAUUCUAGUCGUAAGGGGCGAAAAAAACCUGAAAACCUGCGGCUUAAUGGAGCACAACUUGAAGAAGUACGGGGCAAAAAUGGACGUGGAACACAGCAGGGUUAAAGUGACUUACGAAACAGCCGCGGAGGAGCUUGGUUUGGUAGACAAACAGUCUAUAGACAUCAAUUCAGCCGCGGAGGACUUUACGGAUGAUAAAGACGAAGUUAGGAAGAGGAUAGAGUUGGGAAAGCAUAGAAAUAGCAAAUUUAACUUUAUCCAUGGUGCAAAGCAACAAAAUAGUAGUAGCUCGAGGUACAAUGUGGAAAAUAAGGACGGCGGAGAGCACGUUAGGCACCAGAAAAGGCAUAUCGGCAAACGACAAGAGGAGAUAAAGAAACUUAAAGGAGAAUUGGAUGGACAGGAGAGACUCAGAAGGAGCAUGAACCCACUAGACGGUCACAUAACACACGGCGGCAACGCCUUCAACGUCUCCUCAGUCCUGGACGACGCGAGCAACAGCGUGUCGAGCUUCGAAACGGACCUACUCAUCUGCUACGACGGAAAAAUCCUCUUGACGAGAGGCUUCUCCCCGAGCAAAUCCUGCAGCAACGUGGACUACCUGGAGAAGAGCAACCACAUGAUAACGGAACACCUGGUGGCCUCCGACGGGUAUUAUUACUACAUUUUCUAUUCCGAUAACGAUUUCGUCCGGAACGAUAUACACGCGGUAUUCGACAUUUACAAGCCGACGUACAGGUUCGCCAACACGAGCAGCGGGAGUGAAUGCGUGAAUCAGACCGAGUGCAAGUUUCCGAUCAGGUUUAUGUCCGACGAGACGGUUAUAGUCGAGGUGCCUACCAGGGACGGUAUCGAGCACGAAGAGGACGACAUAACGUUGUUGACGAGUACGUGUCACCCGCGGAUGGCCGUCUAUAUGGUCUUUCCCAUAUUGGUGCUGCUGAUGAUUCUGGCGUGCGCGUUUUUGUAGGUUCGGGUCGUUUAAGUCUGAUCCGGGUAGAAAGCGGAAAGGGUUUUACUAAAAUGACAAAGAUCCGGCAGAAAAUUGAAAUCAUUAUUGUUUUUGUCUUUGCAAUAAUUAUUUUUUCUCGGAAUUGUCGGGACACAAAUCUGGAAGAAAUUCAGUAUUGUUUUUGGAUAUUUUUAGAUUUCUUUUGGAAAUAUUCCUUAACUGUCUGGGAAAAUGGGGUAAACAACAGUUUAUUUUUAAUAUAAAGAGCGGUAGCGGGUCAAGAACCUGUGUGCAUAGCUGUAUUUGCAAGAACGAGGGGGGUGACAUCUGCUGUAUUAACGUAAAAUUGCUUUCAAAGGGAAAACGUUCAGUUUUGUUUUUGAUUAUUUUUUACGUUUUUUUUUUUGGCAAUAUUCCGUCACUGCCUCGAAAAAAGUGUAAACGGCAGUUUAUUUUUAAUACGAAAGUGGGAUAUAAAUUUUAUAUAUUUUUUUAAAGUGCGUAUUAUACCCGUUUUCCAGUUUCUUUCCCCUUUUUAGCAUUAUCGACUUAAUUGAAUAUUCCUAUCUUUCAUUAUUUGAGUUGAUAAUACAGGAUGAAAAUACACUCAGUACGCACCAAGUGUAAAACUUCAAAUAUGUCGAAAACGUUAUACAAAAAUGGACGGUAGGUGAGAUAUAACCUACAAAGUAUAUGUAGUGCCUACUGGUGUCACUUUGUAUCUACUGGCAAAGAGUGACCUACUAACCUAGGAGUAGAUGCUAGGGGUACGAAAAUUCACUCCUGGCACUCUUAUUAUUACCUUUAUCCUUGACAUUCUUAUGGUUUUUGAGAAAAAAUGGUAAUUUGACGUGAAAUAAACUUUAAGCUAAUGAUAAUGUGAGAAACGAUUACUCUGUGAGAUACAUGCUCCGUCCGGCAUCGAAUUACAACCGUAAUAUUUAGUAAACAGUAGGCAUUGAGUACAGCAAUGACAUUUCAAAUAUGAGAUGUACUUUGUAGGUUAUAUCUGACAGAGCAACCUACCCCAGUAGGUACAAAGUAAUGCUUUGUGCCAGUAGGCGUGAUAUUUAAAAUAUGACACUUUGUACUUCAUGUCGGCAAUGGUCCCUCAACAAUAUAUGGGAGUAAAUACGGUCAAAAAAAUUUUUGACCCGAUAAAAUUUACUUUUAUUGACUGAAAUUUGGAUUUUUGCCAUUUUUAGAUGCAAUUCCUUUAUAAAAUGAAUUGUAAAAAAUGGUGAACAAGCCCGUUGUGCGCAGAAUACAAAAAUGACUGCGCAACUUUAGAAAAAUUAGAGACAUCGGUCUAUGUCUGAAGAUAAUGCUGAUGAAUGAUCUUAGCUAUUUGAUAGAUAUUGAGGAUGUAAUUCAAUGCUGGACAGAACGUGUGGUUGUUUCCCACAAUAUCAUCAGUUGAAAAAUGGAGAGGUUUUUGUUAUUGUAAAAGGCGAGUUUUUAUUUUUAACAGAAAUAAAUUAAAAUAUGUUGAAAAAUCUGAAGUCCACAGUAAAAGCUCAUUUCUAAAUGAGUAAUAAAAAAGUGGUAAAAAUUUGUUAAAUUUUGAAAAAUGCCCGAUGCGGAAUCUUGACAAUGGCAAAACGUCAUUGCUCACUCGUUUUUUCUCCAUUUAACGAAUUUAUAUUUUUAUAAUCAUUUUUUUAAUGAAGUGUAUCUUAUAUUAAGAACAUUAUUUCUCCAUUCCACUGCAAAUUUCUAAUUUUAUUAGGUACUAUUACUAUUAUUAAGAAAAAUGGACAAACCACUGAAUUUUUGAUGAUUUACAAUUCAAUUAUAUGAAAUUUUAAAUAAUUAGAAAUUCAUUAUGUACCAAAGAGCUGUUCUACAUUCUACAUUGAACUGGUGCUGAAUUAUAUGCAGUUUUGUAACCAGACCACUGAUUGUCGAUCCAGGUGACUAGAUUGUCGUCAUUAUAGGAUAUUCGUUGCUCAUUUGUUUUAAUAACGUAGCGACAUCUAGGGCAUUAUCAAAGAAACAAAAUAGGCGUCUGAAAAGAGUGACCAUAAAAAACCUGUGAUUUUCGCCCGUUUUUUCACAAUUCAUAGAAUUAGAGAAUUAAAAAAAUACAUAAAAAUAUGUU